AACCAAAAUAAACACAAGGAAAGGCACAGUUUCUUUUGACAGCAACUUAAAUAUGAGAUAAAGCUGAGGAUAAUUAUUCUACGAAGCAUAACAGGAACCUCAAACCGAACAUUAACGGGAAACGAUGAGGUCCAAAAAGCAUCAGAUUCUUCUAAAACGCGUAUUUAUCAACGACGUCGACAGAUAUUCUUCCCACAAUAUCGCGAAGUUUUUAUUCACCUGCCGACAUGAGGAAAUGUCUGAAAGUGAUGAGGCCACGGCUGCUCAAAGUGAGGCUGCGUUCCAGCUCGUUGGAACUGUUUCCUCUCCCGAUAAAAAGAUACGAUUUCUGCAGGAACAAUACACAUCUCCUACAAAGGAUGAGCUCCUCCAGCGCCUCCUGGUGUGUGAUGUUGUGGUGUACAACAUCGCUGAGAAUGCAACACAACAGCAGGUAGAAGAAGCAACUUGGGCAGUAACAGCCCUUCAAGCAGAAUCAGAAAACUUUAAGACUCGAAAAAUAUUCAUCUUAGUCUCCACGGUGAUGACCUGGGCCAUGAUCAAACCACAGAACCUGGACGCUGUCCUGACGGAGGAAGACUUCAGAAGACGAAGGCCUCACCCUAGUUUUAGAAACCACAACAUCCUGGAGAAACUUGUGCUCAAAAUGGGCCGAGGGGUAGGGAGUGGUCUCCAAACCACAGAAUCACUUCAAAUAUCUAAGAGGAAUCUCAUCAAAACUAUCAGGCUCCUCCUGACAGAUUCUUUUCUUACAUUUUCACAGAGCAAGUCCAAACUGAUUGGCUACGUCGUAGCCAGUGGUCUUCAGUAUGGAAAGGGUGAAAAUCUUUUUCACUACUUUUUCAAGGUCUCCUGGUUGAUGAGGAGUUCAAAAGUUCCCAUUUUUGGAGACGGGACAAACCACAUUCCCAUGAUUCAUGUGUUUGACCUUGGAGGAAUUAUUCAGAACAUCAUUCAAUUAAAGCCAAAGUCAAAGUACAUCCUGGCCGUGGACGAGUCCAAAAACACAUUAGAGGAGAUUGUGAAGGUGAUAAGUGAGGCACUCGGUACUGGGAAAACCACCAAAGUAUCCGAGCAAGAGGUCAUGAAAACUACAGAUUUUACGCCUGAGGAGCUCCAGUACCUGAAGGUCAACCUCCGUCUGGAGGCUGUCACCAUUAAGGACUCCUUCGGCCUCAGCUGGACGUCUGAAGCUGGGAUGGUGGAGAACAUGGAGAACAUCGUGAAGGAAUUUAGAGACACCAGGCAGAUACAUCCAUUAAAGAUCUGCCUGCUCGGACCUCCAGCCGUGGGUAAAAGCACAGUUUCUCAGAAGCUCUGCCGUCACUACCAGCUACAGCACAUACGGGUCAAGGAGCUCAUCGAAGAAAAGAUCAGAAAACUGAAAGAAUCAAUAAACAGAGACCGUGACGGUGAAAAUAUCAGUGACAAUGAUGAUGAUGAUGCAGUUUCUGCACAUGCGCAGUUGGACAGGAUUAACCAAAGCAUGGAAGUGAAUGCAGGUCGUCUGAGUGACUCUCUAGUUUUUGACAUACUGAAAGAAAAGUUAAAUUCAAACCUGUGCAGGAAUCGAGGAUUUGUUCUCGAUGGCUUUUUAAAAACGUAUCAACAAGCACAACAGCUUUUUAUAAGCUCAGAUGAAGAAGGUGGGAAACAGGAAGCAGUGAUUAAACGCCCCGUGUUUGACAAGACAAUAACUCCAGAGCAUAUUUUUUCCUUGGAAGCAUCGGAUGAUUUCCUGACCAGAAGAGUCCAAGAUCUUCCAGAGAGCGUGGCGGAGAAAAUGGGCUACACACACGAGGAGUUUCCUCCUCGCCUGAUGAAGUACAGACAGCUCAGCGGAGCCGAGGACACUCUGCUGGACUUCUUCGACGAGUUGGAGAUUCACCCAGUACAAAUUGAGGUGACCACGGACGACCCGGAGUACACAGACGUGGUGGAGAAAAUCACAGAGAUGCUGGGACGUCCUACAAGCUACGGCCUGAGUCCAGAGGAGCAGGAGGAGGAAGAGAGAAGGAAGGAGGAGGAACAGAAGGAGAAACAGGCUGAGGAGGCUGCAGAGAGGAGACGCAGGAACGAGGCGGCGCUGGCGGAGAUGGCCGCUCAGUACCAGGACAGAAGAACUUGGCUGAGCUGGAGAAGCAGGAGGAGGAGCUGCUGGAGGCUCGAUCUCUUCCUCUGAGGAACUACCUGGUGGAGUACGUGAUGCCGUCGCUCAGCGAGGCCAUGGUGGACUGCUGUGCUGUCAAACCUGAGGACCCCGUCGACUUCCUGGUACUUGACGUUCUCUACCUUGUCAGAUGAUACUGAACAGAAACUACAUCCACUGGACUGCAUGAAAAAACGGCAACUGUUUGUGUUUUGUCUUGUUUCAGGCUGAACAUCUUCUACGGAACAAACAGAAAGAUUAAAGAGUCUUUUUCUGAAGCAAAAACUUGAAAUCACUAAUGGCUCGGUCUCGAUUUAAACAGCAACUCUAUGUGGGAUUCAUUUGGCUCAGAGUCCGACAGCAGUGUUUGUAGUUAAGCCCAGUAUCCAUCUGCUGUGUGACUCAGCCCACACUGUGUUGUACAGUCAACGCUUACUGGAAGAAACACGUCCACACUGGUCUCAGUCCAGCACAGAUCUGAACACACAGAUCUGAAAAAAAAGUCUGCAUUUAAAUGCAUCAAUCAUGUUGCAACUAAAAAGGACAUAUUCUGCAGCUCAUUCUACUUUUCUACCACUAGGUGGUGUACAAAUUCUUCCAACAUUGGGGGAAACAUGUUUCAAAAAUAAAAUAUGUUUUCCACAGUUGAACACACAGCAGUGAGCUAAUUUUUAUAUUAAUGGCAGUAAAAUGUUUGGCAGCUGUUUCGAAAAAAUGUUAAAUAAAUAAAUCAGCCGUCGGUGGAGAAACACUUUGUUCUGUUGUGGUCAUAAAAUUGGUCAUAAAAUGAAAAUGUCAGUCAGACAAUUAUUACAGAGUCAGAUAAAAAAAGAAGAAAAAAAAAGGUUGAGUCGGAGUUUUGCUUUGUAGCUCGUUGGAGAGGAAUCUGCUGUUGAAUCAAAAGAAUGAAAAUAAAUCAUGACCAAGCAGAAGUUUUACAGAUUUUUACCACAAUAAACAGCAAAAGAGCAGCUGUACGGUUGGAGUACACGCUGUGACGUUGAAUGUAAUCAAGUUCACAGUCAAUUCUUCUCAAAUAUGUAUUUAUAUUCCACUGAUUAUUUCCAGAACUGUGAGAACCUGGAGCUCUGGUCCACACACAGACCAAACCAACAACCAUUCACACCUGAAUUCACACCUAUCGUGAAUUUAGAGUGAACAUUCAACUCACUCCUGUAUGUUUAAGGACUGUGGAAAACCUACACAAAAAA